AUGAAAACGUUGUGGUGCCAGUUGGCGCAAUUUGGUCGCGGCAAGCAACCGCUAAACUCGCCGCCCUACGUAGAAUAUGAACAAUUUAUUAUUUUCGGCGACUCCAUAACGCAGGGCUCGUGCGAUCAGGGGAGAGGAUUCGCCUUUUCUCCAGCGCUACAGAGUGAUUAUAUCAGACGUUUCGAUAUCAUCAAUCGCGGUUUCAGUGGCUAUACAUCGCAACAGGCUCUCGCCAUCUUUCCAUGCUUCUUCCCGCCAGUGCAAAAGGCGAAAGUCCGCCUAAUGAUUGUCUUCUUCGGCGCAAACGACGCCGUCCUUCCUGGAUUCGAACAACACGUCCCCCUCCCCACCUACGAAGCCAACUUAAGAAAAAUCCUCACACACCCGCUUAUCAAAGAGCACAAGGAAACAAACCUUCUCCUCCUAACCCCACCGCCUGUCGAUGAGUAUCAGUUUUCCGCUGCAGAUACAGAUACAGAUACAGAUAUGGGUACGGAUACACCGUCAGGCACGCCCGAACCAGCCUCCGUAGCAGUAAUGCGCAAAGCGUCCCAGACAAAAAAGUAUGCAGACGCCUGCCGGCAAGUGGGCAAUGCGCUCAACGUGCCCGUCGCCGACAUAUGGACUGCAUUCAUGACCGCGGCAGGGUGGGUGGAAGGCCAGCCGCUCCCGGGAUCAAGAGAUGCCCCUGCGAAUAAGAAGUUGCAGGCCUUGUUGUCGGAUGAUGCGCCGAAAUUGUAG